AUGACAUCCAACAUGCCUUCUGCUGCUAAUCCUCUUCUUAAUGCCCAUAUUACGGCUCCUGCUGCUAAUGCUACACCUAUUAGUCGUUCCCCUCGUUCCCCUAACGCUCCUACUCGUCCUGCUGCUGCUUUGGAAGAUCCUAAGAAUGUAACUACUGCUGCUUUUGUUUUAAAAGAUGGAACCAGUUUCCAGGGUAUUUCAUUUGGUUCUGAAACAAAGAGUAUUUCCGGUGAAUGUGUCUUCCAAACUGGUAUGGUCGGUUAUCCUGAAUCUUUGACCGAUCCUUCUUACCGAGGCCAAAUAUUAGUAAUUACUUUCCCUUUGGUUGGUAAUUAUGGUGUACCCUCUCGUACUGAAAUGGACGAGUUAUUAAAGGAUAUACCUAAACGAUUCGAAUCUAACCAAAUUCAUAUUGCUGGUUUGAUCGUGGGUAGUUACUCAUAUGAUUAUUCUCAUUAUCUUGCUGAAUCUUCCUUGUCUACCUGGUUAAAAGAGAAUAAUGUCCCUGCUCUCUAUGGUAUUGAUACUCGUGCCAUGACCAAGAAGAUUAGAGAAGAAGGUGUUACUUUAGCCAAGAUUUUGUUUCCUAAAAAGCCUUCUAGUGCUAUUGAAAGCGCUGCUUCAGCUCUCGGUCUUUCUAGUUCCACCGAAGAACCUUUGAAAGAACGUUGGAUGAAAGAUUAUGAAAAUGUCGACUGGGUAGAUCCUAAUGAACGUAAUUUGGUUGCUGAAGUCUCCAUUAAGGAGCCUAAGGUAUAUUCUCCUGAUCCAGCUAAUGCGAUCAAGACCCCCUCUGGUCGUAACUUACGUGUGAUCGCUGUUGAUAUCGGUAUGAAGUACAAUCAAAUUCGUUGCUUUGUUUAUCGUGGUGUUGAACUUAAGGUAGUCCCCUGGGAUUAUGAUUUCAAUGCUGAACCUGAGGACUCCUUUGACGGUCUCUUCCUUUCUAACGGUCCUGGUGAUCCUACUACCAUUGACCUCACCAUUCAUCGUGUUCGUGAAUACAUCAAAGAUAUCAAGAAACCUAUCUUUGGUAUUUGUUUAGGUCAUCAAGUCUUGGCCCUUGCCGCUGGUGCUAAAACGAUGAAGAUGAAAUAUGGUAAUCGUGGUCAUAAUAUUCCUUGUACAAAUAUGAUCUCGGGUCGUUGUUAUAUUACUUCUCAAAAUCAUGGUUAUGCUGUUGAUGCUUCUACAUUACCCAAAAACUACAUGGAACUCUUUGUGAAUGCUAACGAUGGUUCAAAUGAAGGUUUGAUGCACACAUCUUUACCCAUCUUCUCUGUUCAAUUCCAUCCUGAAUCCACACCCGGUCCUCGUGAUACUGAAUUCCUCUUUGAUGUCUUUAUUAAUAAUAUUAAGGAUUGCCUCGAAAAGAAGGCAUUAGUACCUGUUCAGAUGCCCGGUGGUCUUAAGGCGGAUAACAUCAAGAAGAAUCCUCGUGUUCACGUCAAUAAAGUCCUUGUCUUGGGUUCAGGUGGUCUUUCGAUUGGUCAAGCUGGUGAAUUUGAUUACUCUGGUUCUCAAGCCAUUAAGGCUCUUAAAGAAGAAGGUAUCUAUACUGUCUUGAUCAAUCCCAAUAUUGCUACUAUCCAAACCUCAAAGGGUCUUGCUGAUAAAGUUUAUUUCUUACCUGUUACACCUGAUUUUGUUCGUAAGGUAAUCCAAUAUGAGAAACCAGAUGGUAUCUAUGUUACCUUUGGUGGUCAAACGGCUCUCAGUGUCGGUAUUGCUCUUAAAGAUGAGUUUGAAUCCCUUGGCGUAAAGGUCCUUGGUACUCAGAUUGAUACCAUCAUCACUACAGAAGAUCGUGAUUUAUUUGCUCAAGCCCUUUAUGAGAUUAAUGAAAAGUGUGCUAAAUCAUCCUCUGCUGUAACCGUCGAGGAAGCCCUUGAGGCUGCAAAGGAAAUCGGAUACCCUGUUAUCUGUCGUGCUGCUUAUGCCCUUGGUGGUCUCGGUUCUGGUUUUGCUGAUAAUGAGCAAGAAUUGAUUGCCCUUUGUAACAAGGCCUUUGCUACCUCUCCUCAAGUCUUGAUUGAAAAGUCGAUGAAGGGUUGGAAGGAAAUUGAAUACGAGGUCGUUCGUGACUGUCAAGACAAUUGUAUCACUGUCUGUAAUAUGGAAAAUUUUGAUCCUCUUGGUAUUCAUACGGGUGAUUCCAUUGUGGUUGCACCUUCACAAACACUAUCUGAUGAAGACUAUAACAUGCUUCGUACCACUGCUGUCAAUGUUAUUCGUCAUUUAGGUGUCGUUGGUGAAUGUAAUAUUCAAUAUGCCUUGAAUCCCUUCUCAAAGGAAUAUUGCAUUAUUGAAGUCAACGCUCGUCUCUCUCGUUCCUCUGCUUUAGCCUCUAAAGCUACAGGUUAUCCAUUGGCUUUUGUAGCUGCUAAACUUGGUUUAGGUAUUCCCUUGAAUGAAGUAUCUAACAGUGUCACUAAGGUCACUUGUGCUUGCUUUGAACCUUCACUUGAUUACUGUGUUGUUAAGAUUCCUCGUUGGGAUCUCAAGAAGUUCAAUCGUGUCAGUACUGCUCUUUCUUCUUCUAUGAAGUCUGUCGGUGAAGUCAUGGCUAUCGGUCGUACCUUUGAAGAAACUAUCCAAAAGGCUAUUCGUGCCAUUGAUUAUAACCUUGUUGGUUUCAAUUCUUCCAAUACUAUUAAGGAUGAAGAUAUUGAGUAUGAACUUACACAUCCUUCUGAUCAACGUUUGUUUGCAAUUGCUAAUGCUAUGGAAAAGGGAUAUACAGUUGAUCAUAUUUGGGAAUUGACAAAGAUUGAUAAAUGGUUCUUGAACAAAUUAAUGCGUAUUCAUAAAUUGGGAGAGCGUCUUACAGGAUUUACUAAGGCUAAUCUUCCUGGUAAUUUGAUUCGUUCGGCUAAACAGUUAGGUUUCUCUGAUCGUCAAAUUGCUAACAAGAUCAACAGCAAUGAGCUAGCUGUUCGUCGUCUUCGUCAAGAAUAUGGUAUUACACCUUUUGUUAAACAAAUUGAUACCGUUGCUGCUGAAUUCCCUGCCUUCACUAAUUAUCUUUACAUGACCUAUAAUGCUGUUGAACAUGACAUUGAAUUCAAUGAUAAUGGUAUUAUGGUUUUGGGUUCAGGUGUCUAUCGUAUUGGUUCAUCAGUUGAGUUUGAUUGGUGUGCCGUCCGUUCAAUUCGUACUUUACGUGAAAAGGGUAUUAAGACAGUCAUGGUCAAUUACAACCCUGAAACAGUAUCCACCGAUUACGAUGAAGCUGAUCGUUUGUAUUUUGAAAAUAUCAACAUUGAACGUGUAUUAGAUAUUUAUGAAAUUGAAAAGUCAUCUGGUGUCAUGAUGUCCAUGGGUGGUCAAACCCCCAACAACAUUGCCUUACCUCUUUAUCGUCAAAAUGUGAAAGUCCUUGGUACUUCACCAGAAAUGAUUGAUAACGCUGAAAAUCGUUACAAGUUCUCUCGUAUGUGUGAUAAUAUUGGUGUUGAUCAACCUCUUUGGAAGGAAUUGACAAGUUAUGAGGAAGCUGAAGUCUUCUGUGCCAAGGUUGGUUAUCCUGUCCUUGUCAGACCUUCUUAUGUUCUCUCUGGUGCUGCUAUGAACGUUGUCUUCUCUAAGGAUGAUCUUGCUUCAUAUCUUAAGGAAGCCGCUGCUGUUUCUCGCGAUUAUCCCGUUGUCAUUUCUAAAUACAUCGAGGACGCUAAAGAAAUCGAUAUGGAUGCUGUCGCUCUUGAUGGUAAACUUAUUAUGCAUGUCAUUUCUGAACAUGUUGAAAAUGCUGGUGUUCACUCAGGUGAUGCCACUCUUGUCUUACCUCCUCAAGAUUUAGCCCCUGAGACGAUCAAGAAGAUCGAAGAGGCAACUGCAAAGAUUGGUCGCGCCUUGAAUAUCACAGGUCCCUUCAAUAUUCAAUUCAUUGCAAAGAAUAAUGAAAUUAAGGUGAUUGAAUGUAACGUACGUGCUGCUCGUUCUUCACCUUUUGUUUCAAAGGUGACUGGUGUUGACUUGAUUGAGAUGGCCACCUUGGCUAUGUUGGGCUUGCCUGUCACUCCUUACCCUAAGGUUGAUAUUCCUAAAGAUUAUGUUGGUAUUAAGGUCCCUCAAUUCUCCUUCAGUCGUUUAUCUGGUGCUGAUCCUGUCUUAGGUGUCGAAAUGGCCUCUACUGGUGAAGUUGCCUGUUUCGGUAAAGACAAAUACCAAGCUUAUCUUAAGGCACUCUUGGCUACUGGCUUGACCUUACCCAAGAAAAAUAUCUUGCUUUCUAUUGGCUCUUAUAAGGAGAAGAUUGAAUUGUUGCCCUCUGUUAAGAAAUUACAUGAAUUGGGUUAUAAUUUAUUUGCCACCACGGGUACCGCUGAUUUUAUCUCUGAACAUGGCAUCCCUGUUAAACAUUUGGAUACAUUAGAUGCUGAUACAGACGAUAAGCUCAAGGCUGAAUACUCUUUACAACAACACUUAUCCAACAACUUGAUUGACAUGUACAUCAACUUGCCCUCUCGUAAUCGAUUCCGUCGUCCUGCUUCUUAUAUGUCCAAGGGUUAUCGUUCACGUCGUAUGGCUGUGGAUUAUUCUAUUCCUCUCUUGACUAAUGUCAAAUGUGCCAAAUUAUUUGUUGAAGCCCUUGCUCGCCAUAAGAACUUUGACAUCUUGAACAUUGAUUGCAAGAGUAGCCAUACACAAGCUCAGUUACCUGGUCUUUUCAACAUCAAUGCCUAUCUGGAGUCCAACGAUGAAUUUGCUGCUGUCUCUAAGGCUUCUCUCUCUGCUGGUUUCACUACCAUUGCUACCUCUGUCAAGAGUGUGACAGAUAAUAUUCAACUCAAUGAUUUAAGCGAGAGGGCACUCAAGACAAACUAUACCGAUUAUUUAUUGAAUAUUACAGCUACUUCUGAAAAUGCCGCCCAUAUUGGUGAUUACGCCUCUGAUGCAGCUGCUGUCUAUAUCCAUUCCGAUGUGAUCGGUAGCAACGUCUCUGUUCUUGAUUCAGCCUUUUCAUCAUGGCCCGAUUCUCAAUUAAUUAUGACUGAUGCUAAGGGUACCAACUUGGCUUCCAUCUUGCUCUUAGCCUCUCUUCAUAAUCGCGUUAUCCAUGUCACCAAUAUCAUUAGCAAAGAUGAUUUGGCUCUCAUCAAGAUGAGUAAAGAAAAGGGAUUAGCCGUUACCUGUGAUGUUGCUAUUUAUUCUCUCUUCUUUACAUCUGAAGAAUUCAAUCAUACUCAACUUUUACCCACUAAACAAGAUCAAGAAAUUCUUUGGAAGGAUUUGGACGUCAUCGAUUGUUUCACUAUCGGUACUGUUCCUCGUCAAUUGGCCAAGGAGUUGGGACAUGAGGUAGAUGCUACAGCUGGUAUUCAUGAGGCUUUACCCUUAUUAUUGGGUGCUGUUGCUGCUAAACGUUUAACUGUGAAGGACUUGGUUGAACGUCUUUAUGAACGCCCUCGUGCCAUCUUUGGUUUGACUCAUCCAUCUGAUGCCUCCGUUGAGGUUGUGAUCGAUCGUCAAAUCAAAUGGUCUGGACAAUGGUCUCCUCUUCUCGGUCGUACUGUUCAUGGCUCUGUCGAACGUGUCACGAUGAACGAUGUCACAUUAUUUAUGGAUGGCUCCUUUACAGAUAAGUCUAUGUUUGGACGCAAUGUGUCCUUACAAGCUCAAGCCAUUAUGGAACCCAUAAAGAAGAAGAAGAAGACGAAGACAGAAACUCCUGCUAAUCAUCAAGCUGCUGAAGUUGCCUCAGCCACUUCUGUCGCUACCACCACCGCCACUACAAAGACAACAAUCGAACAUCCUGCGAUUGUCAACAAGGAGAAGGCGCCUCAUGCUGCUGGUUCUAUUCGUUUAGCCGGUGUCGCUGGUCAACAAUUGGUAUCACUCCAAGCACCUCAAUAUGAGAUCUCUGCCUCCCUUGCACGCGUUGUAAGUCGCUCCCCCUUCUAUCGUAAACAUAUCUUAAGAUCUGCUCAAUUCGACCGUGACGAUCUUCAUCUUUUAUUCGGUGUUGCACAUGAAAUGCGUAACUUGGUUGAACUCUAUGGAUCUAUUAAUUUAUUGCAAGGACGUGUGAUGAGCACGAUGUUCUUUGAACCUUCUACACGUACUUCAUCUUCAUUUGAAGCUGCCAUGUAUCGAUUGGGUGGUCAAGUUGUGUCUGUCAGUGCUACUACCUCCUCUGUUCAAAAGGGUGAAUCCUUGGCAGAUACAGUUCGUACCCUUGGUUGCUAUGCAGAUGUCAUCAUUCUUCGCCAUCCUCAACCUGGUAGUGCUCAAAUUGCUGCUAAAUAUUCCAAGGUGCCCGUUAUCAAUGCUGGUGAUGGUAUUGGAGAACACCCUACACAAGCUUUCUUGGAUACAUUUACGAUCCGUGAGGAAUUAGGUACUGUAAAUGGACUCACGAUUACUCUUGUUGGUGACUUGAAGAAUGGCCGUACAGUCCAUUCACUUGUCAAGAUCUUGACUUACUAUCAAGUCACUAUCAACUACGUCUGUCCUGAGUCACUAGCCAUGCCAAAGGAAGUCAUGGAUGAAGUUGCAGCUGCUGGUAUUCAACAAAAUGUCUAUCGUACCUUGGAUGAGGUCAUUGGUACUACUGAUGUACUCUAUAUGACUCGUGUUCAAAAGGAAAGAUUUGAAACUGAAGAAGAAUACUUGCGUGUAAAGGAUAGUUUCAUUUUAAACAAUGAUGUCUUGAGUAAGGCCAAGUCACAAAUGAUUGUCAUGCAUCCUUUGCCACGUGUAAAUGAAAUUGAACCUGAAGUUGACUUUGAUCAAAGAGCUGCCUACUUUAGACAAAUGCGUUAUGGUCUUUAUGUUAGAAUGGCUUUAUUGGCACUUGUAAUGGGAACUCUUCGUGGUUAA